AUGGAGAGAAAGAAUGGCUCAACUACAGGUUUUCUUGAUCAUUCUGACCAGCCUCAGUGCCACAUGAAUAUGUCAUUUGGAAACGAUGCCUAUCAGAUUAAGAUGACCCACGUGACAGCAGAUUGCACUACUCCAGGUUCUGUUGAUCAUUCUGACCAGCCUCAGUGCCACAUGAAUACGUCAUUUGCAAACGAUGCCCCUCAGAAACAGCCUCAGUCCCACAUGAAUACGUCAUUUGGAAACGAUGCCAAUCAGAAACAAAUUCUUGCACAGCACACAUGGGAAGUCGAUUAUGUACCAAAACUGAUAAGGACAAAAAGUGUCAUAAUGAAAGACACAAAUCAUCUUGACUCCAGUGUUGUGGAGGCCAGCCACUGUCCGGAGGGAGCAGCACAUAACAAAGGCUCAAUGGAGAGCACCGGGUCGGACAAGACCGAGGGCGAGCGCGCUGUAAAUACAAGGCUUUAUCAGGCCAGCGGACGCUGA